GGCGGCGGCGGCGGCGGCCCUCCGGGAGGAGGCGCGUCCGGGCCGGCUGAGGGGCGCGGGCGAGCAGCCGCGCAGCAGGCGCCGCCAUGAACGCCGCGGUGGUGCGGCGGACGCAGGAGGCGCUGGGCAAGGUGAUCCGGAGGCCGCCGCUGACGGAGAAGCUGCUGAAUAAGCCCCCGUUCCGCUACCUGCACGACAUCAUCACCGAGGUGAUUAGGAUGACUGGCUUCAUGAAGGGCCUCUACACAGAUGCUGAGAUGAAGUCAGAUAAUGUCAAGGAUAAAGAUGCAAAAAUUAGCUUCUUACAGAAGGCCAUCGACGUGGUUGUGAUGGUUUCAGGAGAGCCUUUGUUGGCCAAACCAGCCCGCAUUGUGGCUGGACACGAGCCUGAAAGAACAAAUGAACUGCUUCAGACAAUUGGAAAGUGCUGUCUCAACAAGCUGUCCAGUGAUGAUGCAGUGAAGAGGGUUUUAGCUGGAGAAAAGGGGGAUGUGAGAGGAAGGGCCGCGCGGACCUCUAAGUCUCAGGAGCCAGACAAUAAGAAUGUGAAGGAGGAAGAGUCCAGAACACGUAAAGAGGAUAAAAGAAACUCUGAAAUAAAGGAUGGAGGUACAAGCAGAGAGGGAAAACAGAAGGAAGAGCUGAAAGAAGAAAGCAGAUCCAAGGAGAAGGACAGGGACAAGGAGAAGAGCAGGGAGAAUGGCAGAGACCGACAUGAGGAUCCCGACAAGGACAAGCACCGAGAAGGGGAGAGAGAGAAAAGCAGAAACAGAGCCAAGCAGGACAGAGACAGGGACAGAGACAGAGGGCACAAGGACCGGGACCGAGAUGCAGACCGGGAGAAGGAAAGAGAAAGGAAGAAUGAGGGAGGGAAAGAAAAAGAGAGGUUGAAAGACCGGGACCGAGAGCGUGACCGGGACCGGGACAAGGGAAAAGACCGGGAGCGGCGGAGAGUGAAGAAUGAGGAGCACCCCAAGGAGCACGAGCCGGACAAGAGCAGAGACAAGAGCAGAGAGCAGGACAAACUGGAGAAAAAGUCUACAAGCUCAGCAGAGGCAUCCAAAAAGUUGUUAGAUGGCUCUUUAAAAGAGUGCAAAGCAGAAAUAGAGGUUGAAAUUUCCACGAGUACAAAGUCAUCAAAGAACUCAAAACGGCGAUCCAAAAAUGCUGUGGAAGAUGAUAACUCAACCAGUCGGUGGCGUGAGAGCACUGAGGCAGCCCCAGCAGUAAAGCAGACAGGUGACUCCCCCAGCGAAGCGGGUGAGGAUGGCGCUGCCGUGUUUGGAGCAGUUACCGGCUGUGCAGAUGGAGAAGCCGGACCUGCUGGACAAGAGAAGUCGGAGAUGUCAGAGACAGCAGAAGUCCCCAGUGAGCUUUCCUCUGGUGUCAGAAGAAUACCUCGCCCUGGGAGUGCACGGCCUGCACCUCCCCGGGUUAAACGACAGGAGAGCAUGGAGACACUGGCAACAGACAGGUCAGGGAGUGGCAAAACAGUCUCAAAUGUGAUAAUAGACUCACAGAAUUCUGAUAAUGAAGAUGAUGAGCAGUUUGUGGUAGAAGCUGCCCCUCAGCUCCCAGAAAUGUCAGAAAUUGAAAUGGGGUCAGCAAUGGAACUAGAGGACAAUGAGAAGCAUGGUGGCCUUGUGAAAAAAAUUCUGGAGACUAAGAAAGAUUAUGAGAAAUUGCAGCAGAUGUCCAAGACGGGCGAAAAGGAGAAAUCGCUUGUCUUUGAAUCCUCAUGGAAGAAGGAGAAGGACAUUGUUUCUAAGGAGAUAGAGAAGCUGCGCGUGUCUAUCCAGACCCUAUGCAAAAGUGCCCUUCCCCUGGGCAAGAUCAUGGACUAUAUCCAGGAGGACGUGGAUGCCAUGCAGAACGAGCUGCAGCUGUGGCACAGCGAGAACAAGCAGCAUGCCGAGGCCCUACAGAAGGAGCAGAGGGUCACGGACUGUGCUGUGGAGCCCCUGAAGGUUGAGCUGGCCGAGCUGGAGCAGCUGAUUAAAGACCAGCAGGACAAGAUCUGUGCGGUGAAGGCCAACAUCCUGAAGAAUGAGGAGAAAAUCCAGAAAAUGGUGUAUAGCAUCAACUUGACCUCGCGAAGGUGAACACCGCUCUUGAAGGAGAAGUCACCCUGUGUAGGGUGCAGAGGACAGGAAAUCCUACCUCUAGCUCCCAGUGUGCUAAGAAAACAGACUGUUCUCAAUGCCACUUCUCAUCCAGCUAAGUUCCAGAGCUUCAAAAUAAGGCACAUUGAGUGUAUUUAAACCAUGUUUUCUUACCUCUCUCCAGCUGGAAUACUUGCUAGUUAUAAAUAGCUCUUCAAAAUGC